GGGAAAUAGAGGAUAGGAUGGGAGGGGAGGGAAAAGGCAGUCUUAGGCUCAUCCUCGCGUCACUUUCACUUGAACUCUUUGUGUCGCCGUGCAAAGAUUUUCUAGACGGUGUAGAGCGCUCCUGCAACAUUCCGAUGAAUGUACAUAUAAUUCGCGCGUGUGUGAUUGCUACGUAGUGAUUCAAAAUUUUUCUCCCGCACCAUCAACUUUCUCUCGAAAUGGUGCUCCGCUGGACUCUGCAAUUUUACUUCCUACGAUGCACACUGCUCGCUGUUGUCCGCACCGAAGAAGUUUUUAACACCACUCCGCCGGCCAUCAGAACCAACUUCUCCUGCUUCAACCGGCCUAUGGGAUUUUACGCUGAUGUCGAGGCCAAUUGCAGAGUAUAUCACACUUGCGACGAUCACGGGAACAAGUUCAGCUAUCGGUGCCCCGAAGAAACAGCCUUCCGCCAGGACGCUCUGAUAUGCGACCACGCUUACCUCGUCGACUGUCAGGCUACCGUCCAUCCGCCGAAUCGAUUUCCAACCGAGAACACCGGCAACAAGAACAACGCGGCACCUGCGUCAAGACCAUCAGUCAGCCCCAUCGACUCGCUCGACGAUCAUCGACUCUCCUUCUCGCGUUCCUUUCAGGUUGUCCAACGACCCGACAAAUCCGUGCCUAAUAGACUUCAAUCCGGCUUCGUGUUUAGCGCCAGCCUGUUUCUGAGGGAUCGCGAUCGGACGCGGGAUCGUGCCGCUCCGCGCACCGCCGACACCUCCUCCAGGAGGUGCAACGUCGAUUCGAAGGACCGAUUCGCGACAGCCUCGACCGUUCGAACGCUUACCGAGCGGUUCAACUCCUGGGACGUCCGUAAUGAUAAGUCGAACCGUGCGAGACCGGCGCAGUCUCUGUCGCUGUCGGAAACCCGCAGCUUCGCGCGUGACAAGAGUGCGACGGUGAACCUCCGACGUUCGUUCGAGCCAACCCCGAGUCCUUUGAGCUUCGGGAGAACGAUAAUGCCGGAUAACGUUACUCAGCGCCCGGCUUUCCCACGUGAAAAGUCCAUCUUCUUGAACGACGACCAUAACUACCGUCCAUAUUCGGAGACGCUCAAGUCGAUCCAAGCUAACGCCGUUCGGCCGAUCGCCGACUCCACCACGGAGAUCCCGGUGCACGCGCUGACGCUCUCUCUGAAGCCGUUGGUACCGAACGAGCUGGAGUACGAUCCGUAUUACCCCAAGCAACCGACGUCCACCGAGGCGUACUACACACCCAGUAAUCGCAACGGGUUCAACGCGAACGUUCGUGUUCCUACCUCCAGCCAGGUACCGCCGGCAGCAAUCUCGCAUCUCAACCUUCCCUUCGAGAUCCCGCCUGUCCUACCCGAUCUAAACAGCCUCGAGGACUUGGUCGAUCGUCGUAAGCUCUUCUAUAUCCCGCGUGUAAGUGCAAAGUCGAUAUAACGAGCCAUUCUACUUGAAAUCGCGUCGAAAGAGCGUCGAUUCUCUUAUCGACGCGCGCUGUAAAGGCGGAGAGUCUCACAGGUAAAUAUAUAGAAAGGGUGACACACUUCACUGAUUUUAUAUGUAUUGAAAUUGAUAUAUAUAUAUAUAUAUCAAUUUCAAUAUAUUUUAAUAUAUAUAUAUAUAUAUACACAGUACAUAGUAAAACGGACAUUUUGUAAGCUUGAAUUUAAGUAAACUUAAGUCUUGCGCAGAGAUCUUUGUCCAUUUUUACAAUGUCUCUAUUUUAAGGCGAACGAUUUUAUCGACAAUCUAAUAAAAUGUAAAUUAAUAAAAAAGAAUUAAAGAUAUAUAUAAAACCGUGGAGUCGUAUAUAUCUCAACAAUUAACGAGGUCGUUUCCCAUCUCGCUCUUUUGACAAAUCACACCUAAUUAUCAUUUCUACAAUAUAUAUAUAUAUAUAUCAAUUUCAAAAAAUCAGUGAGAUAUCACCCUCUCUAUAUAUUUACCAUCUCAAGCCAUCGAUUUUGUUGAUCAGUCGUGAUCGAUUUCAAAGCGUUACAAAUUUACGUUUGGAACAUAAUUUACAGAACAUCAAUCAAAUGCGUCUCUUUCAGUCUUUCAGUGGGCGGUGAUCGAUGUUGAGAUAUUGUUUGUUUCAAUCCCGAUCGAACGGUGUUCUGUAAACGGCGCUAACAGUCUGUCCAUGAUAUGUUGGAUAUUGAUCGAAUGUCGGAGCGUAUUGGUUAACCUGGUUAUUAAUCUGUCACAUUUAACACGUAAGAACUCAAGGGCCUUUGUGAAACCUGAAAAUAACAGCGGGUAUUAACGAGUACUCAGUUAUCUUGCCACUUCGAAAGCGACGAUUCCUCACCACAGCACGUAGCUCUGAUCAGCAACGAAAUCUUUGACCUCUCCGAUGAGCAACGACACUUCUCUAUGAGAUAUUGAAGAUACUCAUUUUCCUCUCGGAGUUGUCGAAUGUUUCGACACAACUCCUCCACUUGUGCUUGCUGCUGCGUAACUUCUUCUGUUAUCCGAUUACCCUCUUCAUCCCUCUUCGAAUAACGUACGGUGCUUUCCUCUUUUCUCAACCUCUGCAUCUUUGUCUUCUUGACUUUCCGUCUAUCAUCGUCUACUUUUUCACUUCCGGAUCCAAUUGUCGUAAGCAAUUCGCAACAUGGACGGGACUAAAAAAAUGUGAUACAAUUAACGUAUCUCUCUCUAUCGCUAGUUACUUCGUACUAAAUCGUCUACGAUAAAUUCUUUGUUUUCUGUUUUGCAUUUUGUUGCAUCAAAGUUUAAAAUAUACGUCUCACAGUUACAAAUCAAUUGCACUCGCGCGUGACACAAGUAUCCGCACUACCAUUUUAGUAAAUGUCUGCAAUCUUGGCCGGGAUAUUUUUCGACACAUCUGACAGGUGCAUUUUGGGGAAGAAAAUUGUCCUAUGUACAAUAACUUUGAUUUCAAGUCUUCUCUGGUAUCAACUGCUUCAACUUCUGAAGUGAUCUUUUCCUUCUUUUGUGCAUAAAUGUCGAUAUUAGCGCUGCCGCUCUCCUCAGAAAGCGGAGGAAUCCUUCUAUGAGCGAAGAAACGAUUGCUAUUUUGCGUCGUUUCAAUGGGAGAAGCAGUUCUACACGGGAUUAUCCUCAAAUGCACAUCGUCAGGGUUUCUCGACGUAAUAUCGCAACCUCGAUUAUGACCGCCAAUUAUCUUCCUGUCAUCGAGAGUCGAUUGUCCAGACGCCUUCAAAGAAUGCUCCAGGUGAAGCGCGGUGCCGCAGAGCGCGCAAACUGAGCUGGAUGUGGUCGUAAUAGUUAGUCUUGAUCCAGGAUUAUUUUGCUGAUGGAAAAAUUACUUAGUACUACUUCUUAUCCUCCAUUUCUCCCGAUCGUAAUUUUCACCUAUUCCUUGCAUCGUGCGAAGAAGUCGAGUAAUUCUUUGGUAAAUCAGACAACAAAACUACUUCUAGAAUAUUAGUUGUAAGAAAGUGUGAUAAAGAUACUGUGAAAAACACGAAGAAGCAGAGAAAAGUUUAAAGAUGUGAAUAUGCAAUUUUUAAUAAUGGAUCAAGCGUUAAUAGUUUUGCUAAUUUCUGUGUCUUGAGUGUUUAUUUUAAUAUAUUAAUUUAAUAAACAAAUAUAAAAGUAUUCUUAAAGAGAUUUCUUCCCUAAAAGAAGAUUCGUGGAUUUUAUCGUAAUCUUUGGAGAUGAGAAAUGUGUAAGAAGCUUAAAUACGACAAAGAUAUGCAAUACAAUUUGAAAAAAAAGUUUCAUUACUUGAUCAUUCUUUUCAUCUCGCCGUAACAGGCUACAUUGCGUCGAAGAUUCUAAGCUCGAUUCUGAAUUCUGUUGUUGUCCUUUUGCGACAUUCGCGAUUGAUUGUAAUCUCAGCGCGGCUUCUUUGAUCGGUUGCAAUAAAUCACGCAGUACAGUAGCCUGUUAAGAACUCGUUAUUUAGAUCCGGUGUAGGAUAAAGUGGUUGUGAUUAGAUUAUAAUUUCUCGGUAUAAAAUAAAAUUUACAGCUUGACGGAAAUGAUCUACUUGUUGGUCACGAUCAUCGUCGUGCGUGAGCAAAGGAUAAGGUUCUCUCAAUCUUCUACAGAUGCUGUACGCAGGGCAAGGAGACCUCUCAAAUCGCGCAAACGUAUCAUCAUCGACUGUUGAAUUGGACAGAAUGUUUCGUCUCGUGGGGAUUGCGUUGGUAAUGGGACAAUACGUAGCGAUACUUUCCGUGUCGCGCACGGCUUCCAUCAUUUAGAACCCUGAGCAAACUCGUGGAUAGCGGUGACAGAAAUAACGGUUCUCUUCCGCGGGUAUCGGCAACGACCCCGAUAAGGUCGAAUCAUAUCUUCGCGUCAUUUCAGAUCAUCAUGUCGCCUGAAACUCGACAACGUCGUUUGUUCUUGACAUUAGUGACAAAUUUCGCGGCGCAGUUGUUCGUCCAAUCGUUCGUUCUCAGGUUGUCAAAAUUUUCUUAAAUAAUGGCUGAUCUCCCGAAAAAAGCAGCAGCUGCCGUUGCCGCUGCGACUGCAGAUGCCGAUGUGACCGCGCGUACCGCGGACAAAAUCGACACCGAUAAAGCGAGCUACUGGCAGCAAAUGUUGAAGAAUUACAAGAAGAGGAACGCUUCGCUCGAGAAAAGACGCAACGCUCUCGAAGAGAGGGUCCGCUUCAUGGAGUACACCCUGCCGUCUCUGCUGGUGGGUGCAGCCGCGUCUGCUACCCACGAUGACAAACGAGAGACCUCUAAGGAGCCUUAAAACAUCUCCCAGAACAAAUCCGUUGCUCAAGAGCGAGACUGACGAGACUUUGGUCCUUCCGAGAAAAUUGAUCAUGAUGAUCGAGAAACUGCCGAUGCCUCUUCGUUAUUAUUGAUUAAUUUGGCUGAAUUCUAACGAUCUCUGCGGCAUAUCGCGAUGAACGCGACAGAUCGUUUAUUGAGGUGAAUUGUUCGGUUUGAAGAUAAUUUCACGGUAAGAGAUCGGGAAAGCAGAUUUAUUUUCGAAAUUGCGUUUUCUUGCAGAGUUACACGUGAAAAUGCACGGAGAACGUCAAUUCCGCGAUACUAAAGGGAUCUCUGAGUGAGGCAAACCGCAAAUCGCGCUCUACAACACUGCAAACCUGAGUGUGUUUUGACACGUAUAAGCUGAAGCUUUCUUCACG